UGCGCCUCCUGCCCUCAGCAGCCCGAGCGGCGGGAUGGCUCGGGCCGGGGCUGCGGCAGGGGGCGGCGACGUUCCGGGCUGAGAUCCGGCGAGGGGCAGUCUCCCAACCACUGCCACGUUUUCAUCUAUCUGUAAACAUCAUGACCGUUGGUAUCAGGGGAGAGCAACCAAAUUAAUCCCAGAUGGAGAACUAUUUCAGCCAAUAAAAUGCAGUUGACCACUGGAAGGAAGUAUGUGAAGUUUAUUUCUAAACAAGAUGCUGUCUGGAGGACCAAAUAAACUUUUGUGGACCAUUGAAACCGAAAGAUUAAUUACAUGACAUUAUUUUUGUCUCUUCACCAUGUGGUUCAAUACUAAGUAAACGUUGCUUUAUGUGAAGACCAAACAGUAGCCUUCUGACAUCAACAUGUCGUCUGUAACAAACACUCAGACUCUGGUGGACCUUGAUCCUCCUGUCCUUGAGGAAAAGUCAAAGGGGAAAUCAUUAUUUCAGUUGGGCCCCCUCUUUGCUAGCAGGAGUGAGAAAUUUGUGAUUGCCAGGAGUGACAGUGUACCAGAAGAAAAUGUACUGAAAAUAACCAUCACCGAGACUACAGUCAUUGAGUCGGACUUGGGCAUCUGGAAUUCUCAUGCUCUGAUCUACCUCACAUUGUGGUUUUUCUUCAGCUUUUGUACCCUUUUUCUUAACAAAUACAUUCUUUCACUGCUGGAAGGAGAGCCCAGCAUGCUAGGUGCUGUUCAGAUGCUUUCAACCACUUUCAUUGGCUGUAUAAAAAUGUUUGUUCCAUGUUGCUUGUACCAGCACAAAACACGUAUCUCUUACCCUCCCAAUUUCAUCAUGACAAUGCUGUUUGUUGGACUGAUGAGGUUUGCAACAGUGGUUUUAGGUCUAGUAAGCUUGAAAAAUGUGGCUGUUUCAUUUGCUGAAACAGUUAAAAGCUCUGCACCUAUUUUUACUGUCAUUAUGUCCCGGAUGAUUUUAGGCGAAUACACUGGAUUGCUGGUGAAUCUGUCUCUCAUUCCUGUCAUGGGAGGAUUAGCUCUAUGUACAGCCACUGAAAUCAGUUUCAACAUUCUGGGUUUUUCGGCAGCUUUGUCUACUAACAUCAUGGACUGUUUGCAAAAUGUUUUUUCCAAAAAGCUGCUCAGUGGAGACAAAUAUAGGUUUUCAGCUCCAGAACUUCAGUUUUACACAAGUGCUGCUGCAGUUAUUAUGCUCAUUCCAGCUUGGAUAUUUUUCAUGGAUGUGCCAGUGAUUGGGAAAAGUGGAAGGCGUUUCAGUUACAACCAAGAUGUCAUUGUACUGCUCCUAAUAGAUGGAGUCUUGUUCCAUUUGCAGAGUGUUACAGCAUAUGCCUUGAUGGGAAAGAUUUCUCCUGUAACUUUCAGUGUUGCUAGUACAGUGAAGCAUGCGUUGUCAAUCUGGUUAAGUAUUAUUGUGUUUGGUAACAAAAUUACAAGCCUCUCAGCCAUUGGGACAGUUCUAGUAACAAUUGGCGUUUUGCUAUAUAACAAGGCAAAGCAACAUCAGCAAGAAACAAUACAAAGCCUGGCAGUGGCAGCCCCACAACCCUCACAGAGCACAACGGAAGAUACCAAGCCACUAAUAUCCAAGGAUUUAAAGCCAUAUGAUUGAUAUGGCUCUUAAUUGUUCCACCACAACCUGACACAACUCAGAGGAACUUUGCCUUAAAUGGAUGCUACCCCAGCUGUUGACAAUGCUUGGUUGCUUUGAAUUCACAACAGGUGAAAGAAUGGACUUUGCUGCAGAGAGGGGGAAAAAAGGAGAAAAUCUUAUAAGCCCUGGUUUACUAGAAACUGACAUGUAGAACAGAAGACCAAGAGUAAUCCAGCAUGGUAAACAUUGGCUUCAUACUCCUUCCUUGACUCUGCAAAUAAAUAACAAGGCUAUAUUGGAGAUAAAACUUCAGUGUCAGAUGGAAAAAUAACUUGUACCCCAGCCCCACCAAAGUAAUGUGAUAACAUGACCCAUCCCUGUUUUCUGCAUGCUUGCAGUAGGAUGAAACUAGUGCAUAGGAAAAAGAUGUGUAGUUGCCACUUUUCGUAAACAUCCUAGACUGUUUGUGUGCGUGGUGAGGAUCUGGAAGAAAGCACUUUGAAAGACGAAAUCAGUCAUUUUCGUUUACACAGCUGUUAGUGUAAACUAUGAAUAUGAGCAGCUACUCUUGAGUAUAAAGCCAGCAGAGAGAAUUUGUGCUUUCCUUUGAAAUUUUCUAACAACUGGAGCAUUGCAGUUUGCCUGGGUACCGACCACAUUCAUGUGUCUGCAAGCUGAAACACACACACAUACCUAUAUACUAGGAGUCAACACAAAUAAGUAUAGUUGCUAUCAGGCAAAAACCACUGGAAAUUUUCAGAAAUAAAUGAGGCAUCAGCAUUUCCAUAGUAAGUACUGUCUUAAUUUUAAAAAUAAAAAAGUUUCCUUUGCAUUGUAAUUUAUCAUAAAAUAUUUUUAAGGCAAGUGGGGAAUGAGUUUGAUUUUUCUUUUUUUAAUUUAUAGGAAAGCAGUAAAAAAACAAUAGACUUCUUGAAAUUCGGCGCUACAACUCUGGGUUUAGCUUUUGUGCUCAAGUAUUUUAGUAUGUCCUCUUACAAUGAUACAAAGUCAGAGUGGAUAGAGUUUAAGGGUAGAGUUUUAACCUUAAACUGGGAAUAUUCUGGCAUCUGUUUCUUUUAACAGUUUUUUUUUUAAUUUUGCAUGAUAUAGUAUUAAAAAAAUUCAGUGCUUUGCGAGAAAGAAGGUAGAAAGCUUCAGCUUCAUUUUGAUUAUUUCACAUUUAAAAAAUGCUAAAUCUUUCUUCAUUGUUGUUAGGAUUACAGCAUAGGCCUCUCUCUCCAUAGGGCAGCCACUGUCAUUCAUCAAGAUUUAGAAAUUUCCUACACUAACUGGUGUAGUCCUGAUUUUACUUAAUGUUAAUGAAACCCAAAUCAGUGCCACGAAGCACUGUGUAUCAUGCCAUCGACAUGUCCUAACUUUUAUCAGACAAAAAUAUAGCAACUUGCUCUGUGUACAGUCAGAUUUAUCUCUCAAACAGUGUGGAAAAAAAUAGAAUCCUACUAAAGAUGUAGUUACUAGGAAGGUACUGUCUUAAAAUGUCUUUACAAGUGGUGGAUUUGCUCACUUAUAUAGGGCUUUUAAUAUAAAAGAAAUUGCCCUUUCAACUGCUAACAAUAAGUUAUUUUCUCCAGUAGACCAAACCAUUAAACUACAAGUAACAAACCCAUAUAAGAUAUAAUCUGGGCAUCAUGAAGUGUUCACAGUGGGCUGUGAAAAACUGGGAACAAAAAACAAAGCUAAGGUAUUAUUCUCAGUGUUAAUCCUUUUUUCCCGCCUACACACUAAUGUUUGCACUAGCUUUAUGUCUGUAUGACAUGAUCUGGAGAGUGGUUUCUGCUGUAAGGUCAGGGAUAUUGGGUCCACACCCAAACAAAGCUAUUCACUGUUUAAAAAUCCAGUAGUUAAUGUAAAGUGGACAUGUUGCAAUAUAAAACUGUUUCCUUUUAGCUGUUAGAUAUGACUUGCAACUGUAGUUGUCUCUUUAGACAUGUUUACUUAUUUGUGCAAAUCUGCCGCAUGUCUAGAUCCCUUUAGGGAAAUAAAAAAUUAAGCUUAGGGUUCUGUUUGAUAGUAUGCUAGCUUCAGAAGAGUCUGUCUAUAUGAAAGAGCCCACCAUCUAUCCUAUAAUAAGUUGAGCAUAGUCAGCAGAAUUUAUUGGACACAUUCUGCACAUAGCCAAUUGGCAUAUUUUUCCAGCCUGGCACUAUUUUUCUCAUCUACACAAGGGGCAAACAGAUCUGUAGCUCCAUUUGCCUUGUGACAGCUCAACAUCUGGCCAAAUAAACUAUGUGAAUGAGCCAAAUUUUUGAUGAAUGUCAUCUAGAUGCAAAGCCCUAGGUAAAGCUGUGCACUGUGAGAUCUGGCUCAUUUUGAAGUUCUGCCAUCCAAUAGUUGAUUUAUCAUUCUGCCAAGAACGUACAGUUGCAAUUUCACUGAGAUUUUCAAAGACCAGUAUCACUUCUUGGCUUACAUAAAGGUAGAUAAUUGUCAAUAAUUGUGCAUGGAAUCAAUAUUUUAACUAACAUUUUUUAUAAAAAGUACACAUCUUCCAUAAACUGCCAUUUUAAGAUGUUAUAUAAGUGGCUUAAUGAAAGCAUUGAUUUUUUUUUUUUAAGCUUGUCCUGAUGUAAGUUACCCAACGCAUUAUUUUCAUUGCCGGUUUCUUUUUUAUUGCAUAUAUGCCUUUUUGUUAACGAGAAAAUAUGUGAACUGCAUGCAAAGAUGGAUUGGAUUUGGAUCAUUAGGUGGCUCAACAGUCAGGCCUUUGAGGUCUAUUAAACUCCGAGAACAGAGUUCUUUAAUGUUCUCUCUUUGGAAAACAUGACAAAUGUCCUGUUGCCAAAGAGUAUAAUAUGUUUGUUUGAAAACCAAAGGACAUAUCCUUAUUUUGCAUGCGUGAUUUUAAUGCAUCAGAAUAAAUAUAUAGCCUUGGAUUUCUGGAAUGUCAUAGGGCCUUCAACGAAACCAUUGUGUAAAUACCUAGCUAAUUUGACAAGGAUGGUGAUACUGAAAGCCACAGGGUAAACAAAAAUCACAGCAGGCUAGGGCAGGUAUUUAUUUUAAAAUCCCGCCCCCCCCACCCCCACUCUAGUAUGGCAUACUGAUGCUUGUCUGAAGGGACCAACUGACUUGCAAAUAUAAGGAAACAGAUAGAUAGUUCUGCAUUUUGUAUUUUAACUAUGAUGAUACUAUCCCCAGAACUGCAUAUCCACCAUCUGAAGAUGUGGUUAAUAAAGCUGCUGUCACACAAUGAUUAUUAUAUAUAUUAAUCUCCCCAUGGAUAUAAAAUGCUGGGUUAAUUGUAAUUAGGUUGUGACCAUUUCAUCUUGAAUCCCUUUCUUCCCUUAUGACUAGUGAUCCCAGUGUUCUAGCCACACUGCAAUUUGAUCUUUCUCUAACUUUCCUAUAAAGAUCUAAGUAGCAUUUGUCGCACAAAUGAAUUACUGUGAAGACUCCAUUAUAUUGCAUUGACUCUGCUGACUGGAUUUUAGCAUAGGUGACUGACUUAAGUAGCCAUGAGGAAUAAUACUUUAUUCAAAUAUGAAUCAAAGCUGAUAUUUUUGUUUGUUUUUUUUAAAAGGCAGUUAUAGCUCAUGGCCCAUUCCUGACUUUUAUUCAGGUUAUUUUCUGCGGGUUAUUUUCCCUGUGUUUUCAUCUUUUAGUGGGUGCAGGUUAGGGAUGUAAAUACUGUUUAAAAAGUUAACCGUUUAAACUAUUAAAAUUAUAUUGUUUAAUCGGUUAACCAGUUAAACGGAGAGGUGCUGGGUUUGGCUGGUUGGCCUGGGGCUGGGGCUGAGGUCAGCUGGUCCGGGACUGGGGCCACUCUGACUGGCUGGCCCGAGGUUGGGAGUUAAGGUGGGUUAACCAGUAAGACUAAUGCUUACCGG